AACAAAACUAAUUUUUUUUUUUUCAAUAAUUUAUCAUAGAAUUUUUUCUUGGAGGCGUAAAUACAAUUGCUGUUUUUUAUCAAUGUUAUCAUUGAUAUUAAUUAAUAAAAAGGAAAAAUAUUAAUAAAACCUACAAUCACAAAAUAAAAUGUUAUCUAUUGGCUCUUUGGCCAACAUUAAACAUGUACUACAAAAGGAAUUAUUUAAUGGGUGCGGCGAACGACUGCUAUCCGUGGUGACGGUAACGAAAACCUUCAAAAAGAAACGGGCCUGCUAUCUAUGUGUUGCCACGACACCACCACCCGUACCACAAGUCACAGUGUGCCUGGUGAAACAGGCCGAACAGAAAGAUGGUGAUUACAAGAAGAAACGUGUCUGGCAAUUGGACGAAAUCAAAUGGCUAGACGGCCGUAGUGAACAGUUCGAUAUUCAUGAAUUCGAUGUACAGGUUGAGAAACUAUACAAAUGGUACGCUCUUAAUUUGCAUGAACGGCAAAACUUUAUCGCUGUUCUGUAUAAGCAAAUCCAUAAAUAUGCUCGUGGUGCUAAAGCAGAAUUUCGAAAUAUUCCGACGGCUUGGCUAAUGGAAAAAUCACCAGAGAAAUUAAUGGGUGUGGAUGGUGGAGGUCGUGGUAGUAUACGUAGUUCAUCGACUGUGCGAGACGGCAGUGGACGUGGUGAGGGUUUACGUAAAAACGGUGGCGAAACUGAGGACGAAGAAGAAAUGGAAUUUACAGAAUUUACUGCUUUGACCGAUAAGGAGGCUUCGGAAUUGUCGAAACUUUUUAAUGAAUGUGAUUAUGCGGUGAAGGAUGCCGAACUGCUAAUUGAAAAGUUAUCAAAAGAAUUACAUGACUUAGAUGGUGCAAAUAUGCAAUCUGUACUAGCUUCGGAAAAACAAGUUAUGCUCCUAAUGGAACACAUUGAUAAAGCUAUUGGUGAAGCUGAUAAAUUCGAAGAACGUUUAGAUUCAUACGAGGAAAUAUUGGGUCACGUUAAAGAGACCAUGGAAAAGAUUGGUGGCAAAAAUGCCAUGAUUAAAAUUGCCAACAACAAUAAUAUUAAGCUUAAGGAGGAAUUAAGUCAAAUUAUAUCCCAGUUGGAUUUCCCAGUUGCCUAUCAACAAAUAUUACAAGCACCCGAUUUAAAUACACCGGAAGGUCGUAAAGCUGCCAUUAUAGCUGCCCAAAGUUUACAGCAGGCCUUAAAUAGUGAUAUUGAUCCUUCGCUUCAGCGCUUGGUGGCGGUACGUGAUCAAAUGAAACGUUUCGAAAACUGGAAAAAGAAUUUCUUGGCGCCUGUGAAAAAACAUUUAAAUUGUCUUUUCAUUCAUUUGUCCAAUGAAAUUGGUGAUAUGUCUUUAUCGAGCACAGAGCUGGUAUUGCCGAAUCAUUCGUCGGUGCAUCAACGUUUAACACCCCAUACGGAAUUGAUGCAUUGGAUAAAGGCAAUGGAUCGUACAAUAUAUGAUGGUCUAACCACGGUCUAUACAAACUCAUUGAGUAAAAUAUAUGAGCGUGAUAUAAGAAAUUUUUUCACUUUGGCUAAAAUACAAAUUUCGGAAAAAUUACGCAAUUCACGUGAAGAUUUAGAUCUAUCGACAUCUUCUACUUCUAAGAAAGCUGCUGUAUCCUCUGUACCCCAUGGUACACUGGGUGUGAAUCGUGAACAAUGGGGUCCUGGUGUAGAUGCAGCUGAUAGAGAACGUUUUGAUGCGGUUUUGGAAAAGGUCUUAGCUGAAUUGGAACCUAUUGCUUUGCAAGAACAAAAAUUCUGCAUUAAUUUCUUUCAAAUGGAUGUUUUAAGUCCCUCAGCAAAAAGCGCCAAUUUAGAUGUGAUGGAAAAAAGUGUUGAUAUGUCACAGUCUAUGUUACUAUCACCCUCUUCGACCAGUGGUGCUGGAGAUGCACAAUUUCCCCAAAAGAAAAUUGAUCGUCAAAUUAAUGAAGAAGUUCGCAAGUUAAUGAACGCUUUGUUUGGCUGUCUGGAACAGGAACUUAUUAAUUUCAUACAAAGUUUUGAACGUUUUGAUUGUUUCUAUUCUCUUUAUGUAUUGGAGCGUUUAAAUCAACAUGUCAUGUCCGCCCAAGAUACACAUUCCUUUUUAAGCAUGACCUUUGCCUCGGUACUGGUACAUGUUAAACGUAACUUUGAUCGUUUUAUGCAGCAGCAAUUACAAUCGAUACGUGAUGCCAAAAUGCCUAAACGUUCAAAAUGCGGCAUCUUACCUUAUGUGGAAAAUUUCGAAUAUUUCUCACAAACAACCGAGGAUUUCUUUAGGAAAUCAACACGUCGCACCGAUGGAGAAAAGUAUAUACAAUUGAUAAAUGCCAUAUUCGAGGGCAUCAAUACACAUGCCAAGGAUCAUCCUAAAACACCGCUACAAGUGGUGCGCAUGGAAAAUUAUCAUCACAUGUAUUCACUGUUGGCACGCUUAAAGGUGCCCAGUUUGGAUGAGCUGAAGAAAGAGGCCAAGUCGCGUUACAACGAAGCCUUAACGAAUUAUGUUAUACAGUAUUUUGGCAGACCAUUGGAAAAACUAAAUCUAUUCUUUGAAGGUGUCCAACAGAAAAUUGCCCAGGGCGUAAAGGAAACGGAAAUAAGCUAUCAAAUGGCUUUUUCCAAACAAGAACUGCGUAAAGUUAUCAUACAAUAUCCGGCACGUGAGGUGAAAAAGGGUUUGGAAAAUCUCUAUCGCAAAGUGGAGAAACAUUUGUGCGAAGAGGAAAAUCUUUUGCAAGUGGUAUGGCAUGCCAUGCAGGAAGAAUUCAUUGUACAAUAUAAAUUCCUGGAAGAGCGCAUACAAAAGUGUUAUGCCGGUUCUAUGAUUAGUUUAGAAUUUAAUAUACAAGACAUUUUAAAUUUCUUUUCAGAUAUAGCGCGUUCCCAUUAAAAUGUUAUCGCAUACAAAAUACUUUAUUUUAAUUUAUACAUUUAUUUAUUGAUAUUAAAGAAAUAAAGAAAACUUAAUGAUUUAAUCUUUACU